AACAUUAAAAAUAAAAACAAAUAAAACGAUGACAAAGGGUCAUCAAGGGAUAAUUGUUUUUCGGUCCGUUCAAUUCGCCUAACGAGUAUAUGUAUGUCAGCAUGUCCUUGCAUAUGACGUUUUCUUUCAAUGAGUAGCUUAAAAUUUUAUUACAUCAUCUACUCACCGACCAUGCGCAAUGCAGGACAGUGCUCUUUGUAAAAAUUCAAUGUUGUCCUUUUUCAUAUCCUGGGGAAAAUAAUAAUCGCUUCAAGCAGUUUUGCUAACCGAAAAUGCUACCGUUUUUGUCACGAGGCAGCACAUCUUCCAGUGUAUCUUGCAACAGCUGUCGAAACCGUUUUGAAUGAAGAUCGGCCGACAGCAUAAUGGCGUCGUAAUGGAAAUAUGUAUUCUUUCUGACCUUAGGUUUUUAUUUCUCAGAGCCUGUUGAUGCAAUAAAUGUACGUCGUAAGCGAUUUCCCUGCAGAACACACCAUGCAAGUAAGCCAAACUACCACCUGAGCGCGCACACGUUGCUCAUAGUAACGAUAUCACUUAGCAGCUGGCUGGAAUGAAAAAAGACACAACAAAGCCAAGUUUUCAUAAGAGUUCUGAAAGCGACGGUAAAUGAAAGGACAAUUUCUCCACACUGGUUUGCAAUUCUUCAAAAGAAUCACUAAAAUGUUUGAGAAACGAGACAACACAACAGCCGGGAAUAAGCCUGAGACCAUACAAGAAAUAGCGAUUAAAUUGGCCGAGGAGCAAUUACGUACACUGCAAACUGAGAGUGGACCGAAGGAGCGCACCGUUUUUAUGCUGGGCAGUAGAGGUGCUGGCAAAUCCACCGCGUUGCAUAAAUUCUUCGAUCGUGAUGAUAAUCCGCGACCGACCUUGGCGCUGGAGUACUCAUAUGGCCGACGCACCAGCGGCACCCAGAAGCAGGUGCUGAACGUUUGGGAGCUCGGCGCUUUGGACAACGCAGAACAGUUGAUUUCAGUGCCACUACAAACACACGGUCUUGAAAACUUUGCGGCCAUCAUAAUGUUGGAUCUGUCGCAACCGAAACGUGUUUGGCCCGAAUUGGAGCGCAUCUAUCAAGCGCUACGUGCAGCAAGCAAUAAACUACUGAGCGUCGAGGAAGAGCAGACGUAUCGCGAGCGUAUGGCCGAUCGACUGAAGAAGGAUCACAAUGACUUAGAAAGCCUCGAGCUGAUGCCAUUUCCUGUGGUCAUCGUUGGCGGCAAAUACGAUUUAUUUAAAGACUUCGAUGCCGAGCUAAAGCAGCACAUCUGUCGUUGUCUACGUUCUAUGGCGCAUCUUGUGGGCGGCAGUGUGCUGUUCUAUUCCAGUAAAAUACCCAAAUUGUCUAAGAUAUUACGUGACACAAUAAGCCACUUGGGUUUCGGCAGUCCAUCGAAUCCCUUUCGGGCACAUGUCACCGACAGCACGGAAGCGGUUUCGAUUUGGUUUGGCACCGAUAGCUGGGAUCAGAUAGGCAGCGUUGGCGUGCUGAGUGUUGAACGAAUCGGCUCACUAUUGGCUGCCGAAGCGCCACAGUUGAAUGAGGUGGGAAAAACUAAUUCAGCAAAGUCCAAAGCUCAAAUAAAUAAUCCAGCGAAGGAUCCCGGCUUUGCUGAGAGUGUCAUCGAUGAGUUGCGCGCACAGAAGGACAAGGAAUUGCAAGCGAUUGUUAAAGAAGCGCAGCUACGUGGACAAUUCGAAACAAUUGUUUAAGUUGAGCGAGACACCUGUGAAGUACCGUAG